AUGUGGCUGUCCGUUUCAACUCUGCUGCUGCCAGCGAUUCUGGUCUGCGGAGUUUACGGGACCGAAGAAGAUGGUGUAAUCAGUGUUGUAAUUCAUCCGAAGCAAGUGAUUAACUACAUCAGUCAGGAGUUCGUUUGCUUUUCGGCACAGCCGAAAAAUGUGUUUGACGGUUCGCUCAAUCCAAUUAGUGAUGCAAGCUUCCAGAUGGCCAAAAGCGUCGGGCCCAUGUAUGUGAAAGUUUUCAGUGAUUCCGACCAACUACUGCUGAAUAUGGAUGGUUCUGGGGAAACAACCGAUGCCGAUGCCGAGUUGGUGCGGCUUACUCCAAACGGUUGGAAAGCCUUCGAUGAUUGGGCGGAACAGGUUGGAGUGAUUCCGAUUUUCGUACUGGACUACGACGAAAGCUACUGGAAACCGAAGCAUGCACUGAAAACGCUAACCGUGGCCCAUAAACUUGGCAUCAAAGACUGCCUUUGGCAGCUGGGUAACGGUAGUGUCAAAAAUGCGGUGAAGUACGUCGAAGACUUGCGUGCGAUGCAAAUGAUCGUUAGGGCAUUUCGGUUUUGGGGAAUGGUUGCUUCCGAUGUUAGUCCGAACGUUGCUGGUGCAGAACAUGCCCGGUACUUCAACCUACACGUGGAUGACGUUGCCGACGCCAUAGCUGUCAAUUUUGAGCCGUCUUCGAACGAUUUUCGGUUGAAAGAUUUUGUGCGUCAGCGUGAAAUUUUCUUCAAGGGUCCAGCUAGAUCACACCUGCCGGUGUGGCUGGAUGCUAAGCUACCGUCGAACGUUGGCUCAAACGGCACCUGUGAGUUGGCCUGUCUUCAGGAUGGCCUACAGUACGCUACUUUGCUUGGAGAUGCGGCUCGUAAUGGUUUCGAUUCCAUUUUCAAAUCUUUAAGCCGAGAAGAGAUUCAGCAUUACAGUUUCAACUUCCUUGUUGCACUUUUGCAUAGAACUACUAUUGGCUCGAAAGUUUUUGACGUUCAGCAAACUUCGCAAGAGGGCACCCAAAUCUAUGCAUACUGUAGUCGUAGUGGAAACGGUUCGCUUACUUUAAUGGCCGUCAACCACCUUUCAGAUCCAAUUGAGUUUGACAUUAAACUAUAUGUUAAAGAUCAAUCAGCGGACAUCCAUGAGUUCAUUUUAACUGCCAUUAAUGGGGAAAUUUUGUUGAAUGAUGAAGUGUACGAUUUCGAUUCUAGUCCGGAAGCUUUCAUAAGGCAUCAAGCGUUGCUAAGAGACUUUCGACUUGAUCUACCGGCUCUUUCCGUUGGCUUCUGGGUAUUUCCCGAACUGAACAUCCGAGAGUGUAACGACGACUAUCAAGAGUUGCGGUACAAGUAUGCUCGUAGUGUCACAGGGUUCGAAAGUACAAUCGAUCAGCUGUUGCAGGAGCUAAUUACGGACCAGGCUCGGCAGGAUGUUACACAGUCGAGCCGUAGAAAACGAUCACUCAGCAAAGAUUUGCAGGAUGUUUUAGCGGGAAAGUUGAAAAGCGAAAUUCAAAAAAAAGCGAAUGUCAAAAAGCAUGUUUCGGCUAGACAACCACGACAAACGAAGACCUUUCGCCGGAAACAGCAACAAGUCCGAAAGAAGGAAAAGCGGAUGGACCAGCGUAGCCUAAAAAGACAGAAGCGCCCACUGCGAGAGCGAGGAAAGCGCCAGCUACGUAAACGAACUCGUCGCAUUAACCGUUUAGCUCCGGUGGUGACAAGCAAGAAGACCAAACGAUCUUCUUUGGCCGAGAUCAGAAAUCAAACGCCGCUGUUCGGCAACAGUCGUGAGGAUGAGAACAAUCGAUCUCACUUCCCUCAGGGGGACGUACACCUAGUGAUCUCGAAAGGACCAGAAGAUGAACCGUUCGCUUCCGAGGCUAGUGCGAUACGAGAACGGCGACCGAAAGUCUCGAAAAAGUCUCGACGCGUGAAAACGGCAGUAGCUAAAGUGCCCAGUGAAGAGGAACUAAGAUUUAUCGUUCCGGAAGUUAUGGAUAUGCAACAUCCUGUUGCGUUCAACAGACGACUGCCAGUUGAGAUAGAUUUGGCGGAAUUUGUUCCGUUUGAGAGCCUGCCCGAAUAUGGAAAAUUACAUGCCAGAACGAGAAAUCGAGACGAAGUGGAUGUUAAAGAUAUUAAGGCAAUUGAACCGAGUUUGGGAUCGGUUCGAAAAAUAACUACCCCGAGGUCUGUUAACGCGGGUUCAACCGGUCCGAUCAGUUAUUAUCAAGAGCCUGCAGAGGAAAUCGUAGAAAGUCGCAAUUUAGGUGUCAACACUUCUCACCCCGAUGAUGAUCAACUUUUCUCGUCAGAGCUUACACUUUCCAUGAUGCCGGAAGAGUCUGGAGAAAGUGCUCAUAUAGUAGAGUAUAAGAGACGAAAGCGAUCCAUUAAUUCGGGUGAGAUCGACCGGAUCGAAGCAUUUUUCAUGAAUAAUACAAGUUUCCAGCAGCGAUUUGCCGAAAUCGUAACCAUGCUGUUGGAGUCCAUCGAUUGCUGUGACGAGUGCAUCGAUGAAUCCGUUCGAGAAGAUUCGGAAGAGCUUCCGGAACAGCACCUGCAUCGAUCAAAGCGAAAUGUUCUACUUCACACGCACAAUUGGGAGUCUCGAGAACGAACAAACAAUCUGCACCAGCGAGGAAACUCCCAGGAAUCUCACGAGAAUAUGCUGCCAACGGAACCAAUCAGUCGACUGAAAACUACACAGAAAAUCACCUCCCCGCGAACUGUACCAACAAGCUCAGUGUCAAACAACGACGACCGGCCAGUGGUUACGAUGCUGCGAACGGCGACCAACUUUGUGAAAGGUUUCACUUCCGAGUUUCAUCGAAUCUUGUCCUAUUGGUUCCCACAUACGUCGACUGAGUAG